CCUAAAUUGAAUCAAUUAUUUCUUAAAAGAUUAUUUUGAGUAGUCUGGUGAAGAUUGAAUUGAAAUUUAUACAAUAAUACAAUUUUAUCGAUAUUUAUCUAUAACGAAGGAAAUAAUGGAUGAACUGGCAAAAGAUCAAAUUAUACUUCUGAAGAAAGCUUUUGAUGCAUUUGAUCACGAAAAAAAAGGGUGCAUUGGGACGGACAUGAUUGGAACUAUUUUAAGCAUGCUUGGUUACGAAUUAAGUGAAUCUACUCUACAAGAAAUAAUAUCAGAAGUUGACGAAGAUGGUUCUGGACAACUUGAAUUUGAUGAGUUUUGUACGCUUGCAGCUAGAUUUUUAGUAGAGGAGGACACUGAAGCUAUGCAGCAAGAGCUUAGGGAAGCAUUUCGUUUAUACGACAAAGAAGGAAAUGGUUACAUAACAACUGAUGUUUUUCGUGAUAUCUUACAUGAACUUGAUGAUAAAUUAUCACCUGAAGAAUUAGAUUUAAUGAUAGAAGAAAUAGAUGCCGAUGGUUCAGGGACUCUUGAUUUCGAUGAAUUCAUGGAAGUAAUGACUGGUGGUGAUGAAUAGAAUGAUGCAGUUUGCCUGAUAAACAACUACUGAUUGUCAUUGCAACUAAGAUAAAUAAUUUGUGUCUAUUUGAUUCGAUGAAAAUAAAAUAGUAUAUAGAAAAUUAUAA